GAAAAUGGCAACUAUUUACAUGAGCGACAGCGUGACAACGAAAUAAUGUCGGUGAAUGAUAUCUGCAGGACGGGCUGCUAGAGUAUCACCAGGAAAUUCGCUGAUAUUACAGAAGUAGGACUCAUCAGUCAAGAUGUCGUCUCCAUCGUAUGAUCCCCGUAACUUUGAGUUUGUGGCACGGAUGGGUCGAAUUGUCGUGCCAAACCAGAAUUCUAAGGCGCAAGAAAAAAUCCCUGUGACAUUCCGCAUCCCAGAACCUCCACAGCAGGAACUGGUGCAAGAUGUUCUGCUUGGCCGGAACAUGAGGGCUGCUCCCUUUGGAAAACCCAUUGAUGCAUCUUUUAACCUGGAUGACUUUACACAAGAUCUUCCUCGUCAUAAAUGCAGCCUUGAUGAUGGUGACAAUGCUUUGAGAAAAACCAUGUUGAGGGAAAUGUUGGAGAGCCGAUCAAAUAUCAACAAAAGGCGUGCAACACAAAUGCAUGCCCAGCAGCUGGUGAAUGAGGCCCUGCUGCAGAAUGAGCUGAAGGCAUCGAGGAAACGAGAAGACAUGCUUCAGAAAAUUAUGGCCAAGCUUGACGAAGGAGAAAAGAGAUCCGCGCCAAACCUGAACGGUGCUGAAAUAUUUGAGGAGGGAACUCCCCCAGAACUUAAAGAAUGCAUAGAAGAGGAACUCCAUCGUCUUGUUCCUAUUUUGAAAGAAACUGAAAUAUAGAAUUUCCUGUUUCUUGAUGGAUUUGGAGUCCAGUAGCCUUACGGACAAUGUCCUUGGUAGGUAGUAUGUUUUACCAGGGUAGAAAACUAUGGGAUCAAGGAUCGACCAAAGACAUAUUGUGCCAUGAAGAUACAUGCAUCGUAGUUGAAGAUCAGAUAUCAAUCAAUACCUCAAAACAUACCGUAUAUGCAUGUAUUUGAGGAGAACAGACUGCAUGGUAUGAAAAAAACUAUGGCACUAUCCUGUGAUAUAUAUGUGUACAGUUUUUUAUGUCGUUACGUGAUAUACUCAACGUUUUAGAUAUGUCUUGUGUUUGGGUCUCUUAUAAUCCUAUUGAUUAUGGAAUAUGGCUUCUGACAUGACUGUGACAUAAAUACAACGUAGUUAUGUGGAUGAUAUCAUGACUUUACUAUUGAGGCACAUGUUUCGCAACAAAAUGUAGCAGUUUUGCCCAUUAGGCAUCUGAGAAAACAUGUUAUACAACAUUCUGAAAUUAACCACAAAGCUUCAGUUUGUAUCUCAGGUAUUUUUGUUUUGUUGAAGAAAAGCCACAUCACAAAGCCACAACAAUUCUAAUAUAAUACAGAAAGUUCUAUGUUUUUCAGCACCGUUCCUAAACAUGGUCAAUACUGACCAAGAUAAUUGUAACCUCAAAAUUUUUAAACCUUAAAGUUUUAAAUUGCAGUCUACAGCAAAUAGUUUUUUUUCUGUAAAGUGACGAAUGAAGAUUUCCAAAUGUAGUCAUAUGGUUGGCAGUUUGAGGGACUCGGCCUUACUCUUCAAGGGUCCAAGAAUAACUGUUUGUUUUGUCUGUACAGUAUUUAUGUAGACAAAAUGAUGCCUGUUGCUAUUGACACAAGUGUUAUAUGUAGGACUGCCCACCAGUAUAUGCCUAUACUAUAUCAUGUAUAUUGGAAACUUUGCCAUGUGUAUAUGCUGAACAUGCUGAAGUAGAGAAUGUUCUACACUGAUGUGACAUUAAGAAAUCAUGUAAAACCUUCUAUGAUCUGAAAUAGUGACUGUUACACACACAAGAAAAAAACAAUUUGAAAAAAUGUAGUUAUGAAAAGCUGGGAAUUCAUAAAUUAGUAACAAGGCGGAACAGAUAUAGAAUAAGCAUUUUAAAAACCAUUGUAACAGGUAAAAUUCCAAUUAAUCACCAAAUGAUUUGUGAAAGACGACAAUCAUGUUGUAUACCUCUGUCAGGUAGAACAUUCCCGUUAAUAACAAUGACACUUUGGCUUGUGUAUUCUACACUAUAUAAAAACCCAGUUACCUUGAAUGCUUUUGUAUCCACUUUUUACAGCUGAACAGAUAUACCUUCUUGAGUAUAUUGUGCACCCAAGUAUAAUGCUCACCCCCUUAUAGGGGAUUCAGUAUUUUGCCAAAAAAAUGUUUCAUGUAUUAUGUACAGACAAAACCUACAUUGACACUG